GCAUUUAUAUUUAUUUAGAAUUCUUUAAUAACAGUCUGUUAAAACUAUAAUUAUGCGUUUUUUGACAAACCUAGAGAUUUUGUUGAAAUGGUUCCAUGUAUAGAAGCAGCACCCUGCCCUGAUCUCUCUAGCGACAACCACAUAAUGAAUGACCUCUCUCUCCACGGCGCUCGGUCUCUGACUCCACCUAUCUGCAGUGUUGUAUAAGUAGUGUCCUGAUCUUUCUCCUCAGUAAUUCCUCUUCAGAUUCUCCCAGGAGUUUCGACCCCUGACCUCCAAGGAUGGAUAACGCCACAUACAGCUACAUGAACGACUGCACUCCGCUCACUAACUGUAAGUCCGGCCGUAAGGCUGGCGGCUCCACAGUGGUCAACAUGAGCCAUGUGGGCAAGAAGCCACCAAACGACUACCUGAUCUGGUCGCUCUGUAACACUCUUUAUGUCAACUUCUGCUGCCUGGGAUUCAUGGCUCUGAUCUACUCCAUCAAGGCUCGAGAUCAGAAGACCUUGGGCGACAUGCGUGCAGCACAGGAAUGCUCAGACAAAGCGAAGUGGUACAACAUUCUGGCAUCGGGCUGGAAUCUCUUGAUUCCUCUGCUGCUGUUGGGUCUGCUGGUCCUGCUCGUGGUUCAUCUGGGCAGCUCAGAGGGAACGUUUGAUUUCUUCGGUGAAGACGGAUUCCAGAGCUUCAUGAAGCUCUUCAGCAGGUAGACAGAGCGACUCGAACAAUCCCACCACCAAAAGCUCCUGCAAACCUUCUGGACUGUUCACCCUCUCUCCACUUUACCAGCACCAUUUCUUCAGCUGUGUGAUGAAUUUUAGUUUUUCUUUUUCAUAAUUAAUGUCAGUGUACUGUAUAUUAACUCAUAUCUACCCAGUUCUAUUUUGUGAAGU